AACAAACGUGUAGUCUUACAUUUUGACCGGAUUUGUGGCACAUAUUCCCUCAAAUAACUGAGGUGUUGGACAGAAAGGAAGAAUAAAUGUCCAUUUCCUUGGUAGUUCUCAGAUUUGAGGUUGCAGAUGAUUUGCCAGGGCCCCAAGGUUUAGAUUACUGUGGUGAGUACCAGCUUAUUAAAGGAUAUGUUCGUUAUAAUUUUGAUCAAUAUAUAUUUUGUAUUUAAUAAUACAGGUUUAUCUAAUACAUUAACCAGCAUGAACUGUUUCAAUAUUACUUUUGAUACAUUUCAUUUGAAUUGUUAAUGUCUUCCUUUGCUCCUUGUACUUAUCUGAGCCAAAAAUGAAGCAGAGAAGAACCUAUAUACUUUUACUUUCAUCAUUAGAAAUUUCACUCUUUUUAUUACACUAUCACAUCAGUAUGCUUAUCCUGCACAUUGUUCUCAAUACAUUUGUUGAGGUGCUGACAAGGAGAAUUUGUUUAACAAUAAAGAGCCUCUUUAGUGCGUGAUCAUCUCCUCCAUCCUAAUGGCGUUAACGUGUGAUUUAGGGAUAAUAUUGUGAGGAGAAAUUAGAUGCUAGUCACUCUUAAGGAUAAAAGGGUUAAAUUUGUAACAAGGAUAUUACUUUCAAUGUGUUUUAGCCCCUGGAUUUAUGGCUUGUAAAGAAAUUUCAGCAUCAGAAGAGGGCCAACUCACAAGUGGAGAAGAAAAAGAGCCCAUGUCUACUGAUGCUAUCUCUGAGGAAAAAAUGAAAGUUCAUCGGGGUGAAAGAUAUGUUCAUGACAUUCACAUUGAAACUCAUGCAAGGAGUAGUGGUAAGCUCAAGGCUGUAGAUCAUACCAUUAUACUUUUUCACAUUGAUAUAAAGUUAGGCAGAUCUGCUCUAUUAUUGGUGUUUUAAAGUAUAAUAGACCUUGUGAGUUUUGUUAUCUUUUUAUUCAGGGGUGAUAAUCUAAGAAUGCUGCUCUUUCUUAGGAAUCAAAAGAGUUAAAUCUUGAAGCAAAGUUAGAGAACCAAGGGAAACUUAAUACUUGUAACUAAUGGUAACUUGCAUCACCAUUCAAAUCAAAAAGUUUUAGCUUGCUUCAUUUUAUUUUGAAGACAAAGAUACAAACUUGGAUUCUGCUCAUGGAGACGAAAAAGAGGAGAAAAGUGUAGGACAGGGAAAGAUAGCUUUCUUCUGUGGAAAUCCAAUGGUAGAGAUCAUCCAGGGAAUUAUUCACAUCUACAAGAACAAGUAAAUAACAACAAAUGAACUCUCUCUCUUUAACCCACCCACUCCCUAGAUCUAAAUAUCAAUUCUCUAAACUGAUUUUUAUACUCUUCUUAUUAUUUUACCCCUGAGAAUUUAGUGUUCAAACAAACAAUAUCCCCUUCUAAAUAAUUUUUUUCACAUUUCUGAAAUCACAUUUGUUCCUUGUGUUCCUGGGAACACAAUCAUAUGAUUUGCCACAGAAUUUUUCUGUGUACAUGGUUUCCUACCUCUCACUGUAAAUCCCAAGAUAAAUCCCCAUUAUCCCUCAGUGAAAUCUGAGAAUCCAUGACAGUUGAUGUACUGUUGACAUAACUAAGGAUGCUAUUGAUCUUUCUAGUGACAUGACUUUGUUAAGUGACGGAGUCCAGCGGAGUGAAAUGGUCUGCAUGUUAGCUGUCCCUGCUAAGAGGACAUGCAAGGAUCUUAUGGAGUUUGUAGCUCCUUCAGAGUGAGUUAAUUAUGUUUCAUAUCAUUAACUGACAUGUUGGUUAUUGCUGACUGUGUGUUCAAUGGAAAUUGCUUUUAACCCUUUUACCUGCAACAGUGUCAAGUAUCUCAUUUCUCAUCUCAUUAACACAGCUGAAUCAAACUUGGAGGUUGGGAGAAUAAAGGAAAUGAAUUUACCAACCAUUCAAGCUCAUGAUGAUUUACAAAAAUCACCAUGUUAGUACCCAGUUUUCUCCUUUCAGGCAUUAACCAGUAACAUUUUCCGCCUGUACUACCUCUUAUUACCAUUUAAAAUUGUUUGGCAUUCUCGAAAAUUCAACAGGUUAAAAGAUUGCUUUACCAGUUUGAAAAUUUAUUUUACCUGUCAUAUGUAAAAUAAGGGAGAGCACUGAGUACCAUAGAAAAUGCUUGGAAAACAGUAUGGAAAAUAUGCAUCCUGAGACUUUGGCUUGAGCUAGGCUUACCAGGUGUAGCUGGGUUGGUGAUGGGGUAGGCUUUGGGGCUUCUACCAACAUGAUCCAGUGUUUUGGACACUUUUCCCGGUUUCUGGGCUCUAAACCAUGUUUUUGGACAUAUGCACUCAGUUCAAUUUGCUGUCCUGGGUUCUAUUUUCUCUUUUAAGGGUGGAACUGUUAUAAAAUGGAACACCUGCUGGUGAUCCAUUCAAUAACUGGUGGGGGAAAAGAGCACAUUAGAAAUAGGCCGCUGAAUGGAAGGAGGCUGUCAACUGGACUAUCAUGAGCAGAUAAAUUGUUUUGCAGUGUAAUUCAUUUGUUUCACACAGAUUGUUUGAUCAUCUAAACAAAAUAUUUCUGUAGGGAGUUUAUUGAAUGUGUCAAGAUCAUCAGAGAUAGCAACCCAAAUCAUUACAUGGUUCUUGUCAAAUUCAGGAAUCAGGUGAGAUCACUAAUAGUAAUAUACAUAAUGGUAAUAGGAGGGAGUGGAGUCCUACUCAGUCUGUAAUCAUAUGAGUGAUGAACAAAAUCGGACGACAGUGAAGCAAGAGUCUGAUUUGUUAAUCAUGAGUAUGAUUACAGACAGAAUUGGGCAACAAGAAGUCCUGUUACCAAUUAAUCAAAACUAUGACAAAAUUUGAGAAAGAAACUGGUACUGGUUGUACAUUUUCAUAAAAACAGUUAACUUGGUGAAAUCUGAGACAACAGUACACACACAUGACGCAUUCUGUCCACUUACACAGGCAUGACAUGUUAACUGUCCCUUUAACUGUCCUAGUACACUGUCCAAUUACAAGCAUGACAAAAUAGACAUAAUUAUAAGUUUUGUAUUUCACUUUUCUUGAUUAUGAUAAAAAUCACAAAAUGUUUUCAAAAAUCUUUUUUUCCUUAAAGGAAAUUGCAGAUGAUUUCUACAAUACAUACAAUGGCCAUCAUUACAAUCUCUUAGAGGAUGAGGUAGGUGAACAAUCCUCUAAAAAGAGGAGUUAUCAAAAUGCUUUAGAAGGGUUGUAUAUUAAGUAAUUUUAAUCUUAAACUCCCAGUAGUGAUUAACAUGGAACUUCUCCCUAAAUAAAUAUAUACAUUAUCCAGCUAACAGGUAAUGAGAAUACUCAAACUUAUCAUGCAGAAGUUUUUGUCUUGAUCUAAAUCUAAAUUCUCGUAACUAAUUAACGAUGAUAUUAUUUAGCAGCAACAGGGGAGAAUUAACGAUCAGAUUUAGGGAAGUUAAGGGGUUGAUUUAAUAGGUAGUAUUUGCUAUUUUUUAAGAAGGUGGGAAGGCGUCUUAAGGGUGCUCAGCUCUGGGUUAAGGAGAUACUAAUUGGGCACUGCUAAAAGAAUAAAGGAAUCAUUUGAAUUAUCUAAAAAAUAUUUUGAUGGUUUCACUUGAUAUUUUUUGUAUGACAGUUGAUAACUAGAAUGUAUAAUUUAUUGGUUCUAUCAUCUGAUGCGUUUUUUAAUGAAUCAAAUACCAUUUUAGGUUUGUCAUUUAGUGUAUGUUGCUAAAGUGGAGACCAAGAAAUUAUCAGAAGUAAGUUGCUGUGAAAACCUCAUGAAUAAAUAAGAAAUAGCCUCUAUUUGGCGCAAAAAUAUGCACGGAUAUUUGUCUGCGGACACUAUCUGUUCCAAGAUGUGGACAGUUCUCCGAGAGCGAAGCUCGAGGAAAACUGUGAGCUUCAAGGAACAGAUAAUGUCCAAGGACAAAUAUACGAGCAUGUUUUCUCGCAAAAUAGAGGCUGUUGUGUUAAUUAUCCUUCAAAUAUUUUGCAACGCGCAUGAAACAGUGUUUACGAACAGCUCACUGUUUGCUGCAAAAUAUAUUUUGUGUUGUGUAUUCUCUGGUACGACGUAAUGAACAUACAAAUAUUUCCCUUACGCCGUUACAACCCACAAAACGUUCUCUCAUCUUCAAUUAAAUUUUUAAUGAAGACUUAUCGUAGUGGAUGUAAAGUUUGAAAAUUGGGGAAUAUCACAUGGGUGAUAUCCUCGACCGCCCCCCUUGGAACAAAUUUAUUUCUCUUCCCAGCCUUUCGCUGCCAUUUAAAUUAUGGCAGCCGUAAUUUUCGUUAUAAAAUAACUGAGCACUCGCGUGCCAAAAUUACGCCUGCUCUGCAGGCCAGAUUGAAGUAUGUUAACUUUAACUUAACGUAUGUAAUUUAACACAUAUGUCAAUUAAAUUUAAAGUGCCGUAUUUCACUGUGCGACCCGCUGAAUUCAAAAUUUUGUUUGAAUUGAAAUCUGCCUCCUCAAUUUGAACCAUGAGAAAUAUAAGAUAUCUUACUAAUCGUUUCGUUUCGUCUGUCUGUGCUGUAAGUUACGGAACCUCGUUUUUAUACGCUCGCGCUUGGGCCACAAAUCCGAGCGUAAAAAAAUCGGUCCGUAAUAAACAGUAUGGACCUCGAACUCGGUUAGUAAGCCGUAUUUAUUCAGCAGCUUCGCUACUAGUUUAUUUCAAAGAGUAGCACUCACAAAAUGAGAGAUUUUCAUGGAAAUUAUCAAUUGUCCGCAUUGGCCAAUCGCCUAAUACUUUAACAUAAUCGUUUAUUGCUGGAACAGACUUUCAGUUUUUCAUAAUUCAGUUAAUCCCCAGUGAGUUGCUUCUGUCCUUUCAUGUGUUUGUAGGCAUCAAUUUGUAUGUAGAGAUUGUAUAUAGAGAGCUGCAGGAGAAGGCAUGUACUGAGUUUAUAAAGCAAUUUGUUUAAAAUUGCAAACAUUUUUCGGCCGUCGCUGUAAUCAUUAGACGGUUCGAGACAUGAAGUCGUUAAUAAUUCAUACUGAAAUAAAUGUUUUCUUUUCUCUUCCUGUAUCAAGGGAGGAAGUCUCCCAUGUGAAGGACUGACUGAACUGCCGAAAUGCCCAGUGUGCUUAGAACGUAUGGUAAGAUUUCAAUUUUUUACGCACUGUAAGUGCUGUCAACCUGCAUUUUGAGCAGUAGACGAAAAGUGAUAGUUUUACGAAUGAGUAGCAAUACGUAUUUUUAUGUUAUUUCGAACUCAAGCAUGCUCCAUUUUAUUUAGUUGGUUCGAUCGUCGAGUAACCUACUGAAAAUUGAAAUUUUCACGUUGUGAACAAACAUCUUGGAAGUAAUAACUCAGCAAUGUUUCCAGAGUUAUAUCAAGGACGUGUUCCUUUGUGAAACAUCUUGUGGGGCUUUACCUGCAGACAGCUUUAUUAUGUGGUGUUUUAUCAACUCCAAAUUCAGGGAAUCAAUAUGAUGGUCCUUCCCGCUGCAGUUGAUAUCUUUACUAUUGAAUUUUUCAUUUACGACUUUUGUGAGCGAGAUAAAAAAACGUUUGGCUUCGGCUUCAAAAGCUUUUAUUAAAUUAAAUUUUGCGUGAGACAAUAGUUUUAUUUACAUUUCUUGGAACAUACGACAUCCAGUGUAUUUUCAAAAAGUUCGGUUUCUCUCGUCUGUUUUUAAAUAACAAAAUGUGCUGUCCUGUGGAGAAGAGAGAUGAUUCUAUCGAAUAGAAUAAGACUUUUGGUAUCAUAACAUCAAAAUACAGCUGUAAAGUUUCUCUGUUAUUUCCUUUCGGUUUCUGUGCGUCACUAAAUAUACCGAAGUACUUGAUGUCACAGAAUAUAGAGGUUGCCAGCUGAAAAUUCAAAAUCCGAAAGUCGCUUCCUGGGAAGUAAAACCAAGAUUCACAGAGUGUUAAAAACUUAAGCCUGCAUCAAAAGAUGAAGUGUUUUAAAUGUCGGGCAAAUAUCAGCUUUUAUUAUGAAUUUAUACUUACAAUCAAACUCAAAGGCUUUGCACAGCGACAGCAACAGCUUUUGGAAAUAAAUUUAAGAUUUUUGAUACAUAUUCGGAUUCAGUAUCUUCAUUUACUUCUGAUAUAUUCCAGAUGUCCACACUCAAGCAAAUUAUUGAAUUUUAAAAUGACUUUUCACUCUAGUUUUCCUUUGCCUUUCAGGAUGAAUCUGUCGAGGGAGUUCUAACAAUUUUAUGUAAUCACUCAUUUCACGGAAGCUGCCUGUCUAAAUGGUCUGAUACGACGUGAGUUUUAUAAAUUUUGAUAGUACUCUUCUCAAAAUGGAAUAUAGCACGAAAGAAAAAUUGAAAAAAUUACAAUCAUUUAGAUGGUUCGUUUGACAGUCAGCACGUUGCUCUGUUCGUCGGUUGGUUGGAGCGCUUGCUCGUUGGACGUUCGGCUGCUUCACGCUGUAACUACGCUUUUCGUCUUUCCGGACGUCAAUCACGCGGCUGGAUUCGUUUAGCGGUCGGUUUGAUACGUGUCUCGUCGUACAGUCGCCGGGCGGUGGGGGCGUCGCUUGGUUCGUCGCACGGUCGGGACGUUUUCGAUUUGUCGGGCGGUCGAUACGUUGGUUAGUUCGUCGAACGUUUGGUACGCUGCUUGUUUUGUUGGACUGACAGUAAUUUAUUUGGUUCGGCGGAUGGUCGAUUCUGUAUGUGCGUCGUCGGGUGGUCGGUUUUGUUGCUUGUUUCGUCGAUCGCUUCGCACAUUCCCUGGUUCGCUGGACGGAUGGUGGGGUGCUCGCUUCGUGAAUUCCUCACACUCCUGAAUCAGUAUGCAUAUUCUCCAUACCCUUCUCCAUAUAUCUCUUAUGGUACUAACUUGGAGAAUUUGUUUAACAAUCAAGAGCUUCAGUUGGCGAUCAUUUCCUUUAUUCUCAUAACCGUAAUGUUUCAUUCAUUAGUACUACUGUGAGGAGAAACUAUAUGUUAGUCACUCCUGGUGGUUACAGGGUUAACCACUCUCACUGGACCGUGACUAAGCGAUUUCUGUUUGGUUGCUACAGUGCUUAAGACUCUUAUAAAUUUAAAAAAUAAGAUACAAAGUCAGCCUGAACCGACUUGAAGAAAUGAUCAGAAAACUGAUUUCGAAAAGAGGUGUUCAAGAAAAUCUGUCAUCGACUGCAAUAAUGUGGUUGGAUUUUUUACUGUUGAGAUUCAUGGUAAUCUCUGUAUCGUUCGUUGAAUCAUGUGUCUUUUGUGAUCCUGAAGUUGUGGAAGACAGUUAUCAUAUUUUUGUCUCGUAGUUGUCCAGUAUGUAGAUAUUCCCAGACUCCUCAGCCCGUCGAUGAUAACAAGUGUUUUGAGUGCGAUUCAAGUGAGGUACGCUUUAUUCUACAGUUAAUUUAAUGGUGGAUCGGGCGAAAGGUGAGGGGGGGGGGGGGGUGGUGUAGGGGUCCAGACCCCUUCUCCAUCAGAUCUGACGGUUUUUUUACACCUAGUUUGGAUGCCCCCAAUCCCCCCCUCUCCUCCUCCUUUAUAAAUUAUUGUAUUUGAUCUCUACAAAUUUAUUUCAUUGUUAACUUUGAAUGACAGGGAGUGUGGGGGUCGAUAACAAGUGUUUUGAGUGCAAUUCAAGUGAGGUACGCUUUGUUCUGCAGUUAUUUUGAUGGUGCAUCCGGGGGGAGUGUCGGGGGUCCGGACCCCUCCGCUAUCAGAUCUGAUGGUUUUGUUAAUCAUAGUUUGGAUGCUCCCAAUCCCCCCCCCUCCCCCUUCAUUAUAAAUUCUUAUAUUUGAUCUGUACAAAUUGAUUUCAAUGUUAACUUUAAAUGUCGCCUUUCAACACGUUUACUCUUAGUUGGAUGUCCAUAGUUGCCAGUCAAUCAAAAGACAGAAAUCAAAACAGAUAACCAAUGAUUGCGACAUUCGCUUUGACAAAGAGCGGCUCUUACUUGGUGUAGAAGACACAGUAUACGUCACAUUAUUGUUUUCAUCUUUUUCUUAUUCCUAGUUGUGAUGAAAUUAUAUUGUGACGUAUACUGUGUCUUCUACACCAAGUAAGAGCCCGAAGGGCUACCUCUCGAAACGUCAGCUUUCAAACUCUUUACGGUGGCUUAUUUACGUUAUUAACUCAGUUGAUAACACUAAAUUACCCUAUUACCCUGUUACUCUCCCACCGACGCAGCACCACAGUUUCUUUAGAAACUUACCCCCUUUAACCCAGGAUUAGGUCGUUUUACUAUCUUUUAAUCUGCUAUUUGUUUAGGAAGGUCGUGCCAUCCUGUUAACCAAUCACACGCAAGACUAAAACCAGUAUCGACUUCCUCUUUCCCCUUUACCAGCGCCUCGGCCAGUUUGCUUGUUAUUCUUCCUUGUGUUGUGUACCUUAUCCGGAUUGGCAGUGUUGAUUACUUUGGUUUUGGUUGUACGAGUCUCAGUCGAAUUUCGCUCUGCACGAAAUGUUUUAUGCUGCCUCUUUCAGUUGUAUUUCCUUUUACCCGUUUAGAGCCUGUGGAUUUGUCUCAUCUGCGGUCACAUUGGUUGUGGUAGAUAUCUUAGAUCUCACGCGAAAAGGUUAGCAACAGAUUUUUCUAUUAACCCUUUAACUCCCAUGAGUGACCAAGACAUAAUUUCUCCUUACAAUAUCAAUACAAUAUCAACCAGAUAAUUGAUGAGAAUAAAAAAUAAUAUAAAAUUGGGGAUAAUUAGUUGAUCCAAUACUGAUUUCUCUGAGCUAAUUUUAUGAGAAUUUUCUGGUUGACAGUAAGGAGAAUUACAAAUUUCAUCUGGGAAAAUUUCCUUUUUUUGACGAAAGUAAUCCAGGAUUGCAUCAGUGUUGCCUUACUUCUCUAUGAUUGGACCAGAAAACUUACACCACUCUCUAAAGGAUGCAGAAGCAAAGCUAAAAGUAACAAGCAAUUUUUUGUAACUAAGUUAAGGUCGUUUUGUAAUAUUUUUUCCCUUGAUCUGAUCGGCCCACUAUUGCAAUUCCUUUUCACUAUGUUUUGGAUUUAGGACAUUAAAUCGAAAUGUGAUUUUAUGCUUUUAAUUGACGGCAAUGUAUGAGAUCGAAGUCGAAUUGGAACAAAUAGAGAAAUUUAAACUAUUUCUGCUUAGUAUACGUCGUCGUUUUUCUAAAUUUAUAGACAUUUCCAGGAAACACAUCAUACAUAUUCCUUAGAGCUUGGAACACAGCGAGUUUGGGACUACACAGGAGGUAGGACACAAGUAUUUGCAGGGACACUUCCUCCUCUUUUGUUCUACUGCGGUCAAUUUUGAAGAAUUGUUCAUAACUCCAAUAUUUUGAUUUAUCCACAGACAACUUUGUUCAUCGUCUGAUCCAGAAUAAAACCGACGGCAAGCUUGUUGAAUAUGGCUCAGAACAACAGGUAAAUCACGUAGAACAAAAAAAAAGAAAAAACUGUUAGUCUGUUACCUAAUCCUUUCACUUACACAGGUGACCAAAAAUGAAUUUCUCUUCUCUAUAUUGAUAGAUUUCCGACCAGAAAUGCAAUGAAAAGGAUAUCCACAAGGAUAUAUUCUUUGACCUAAGACUAAAUUCUCGCAGCUGAAAUUAUAAGAAAUGAAAGCAGACAGUGUGGAAAGUUUAAAUUUAGAUCUUGAGGGUGAACGGGAGCAUAUCCAACCUCGUUCCCAGGGCUUUUCCCCUUCCACCCAUGCCUUCAGGGGCACGGGAAAACGAGAGAUCCUGGGAUCGAGGCUGGAGCAUGUCUUGACUUCUUCUAGACGGGAUGCCAAGUCCCCGCAGGUAACCCCCAGAGAAUUAUUCAGUAUACCCUGAAAUUCAAAGUUAACAAGCAACAAAACUUUCAGCAAAUGUUUCAUCAUUAUUUUUUUUGAGUUGGUUGCUGUUGUCUUUGUGGCAGGUUGCGGAUGAAGAAAAAAUGGAUUCACUGUCACUGGAGGUACCUUAAGUUUGUGUCUGUUCUAUGACUGUUAGUUUGUUAGUUUUGAACUCUGAAGACAAUUUUUUUUAUUAUGUAUGAUCAGUACUGCUGUUUCAUUCCUAGUAUACCUACUUAUUGACGAGCCAGUUGGAGAAACAAAGACUUUAUUUCCAAGAUAAGAUAACUCAAAUUGAAAAAGAUGCCGUAGAACAGGUCAGGAUUUACAUCGUAGAACCUCUUUUCAUGGCACAAAGUUCCAAUGAAGAGGCUAUGUUUUAGGCCAAGCCUCUAUUUCCACUACAUACAGUAUAAAAACCGCACGAAAAAGACAUCUAUUCUAUGUCAGAUUGAAAGGAUUCCUAAAUACUUAAUCUAUCUUCACAGAGAACGUUUUCGAUUUUAUUGAUCCUAACAGUAUGCAGAACGUUUGACAUAUUAAAAAAUUAUUCGCCUCAGACUCGGGGAUUAUUCAACAAUAUUCACUGACCCUGAGGCGAUUAGUUGUCUUAGCACAAUUGCUCAGUUGAUUUCGAAUUCUUUUGUAAAUUCGUUUUGUUUUUGAAACCGUUCUGUUACAGUUGUUUUGAUUACUCGUAUCGAGAUACGCAGUCAGUUUCCACCAGAAUUAACAGGUGUAUUCAAUUCAAUCAGCAAAACUACAUAUUCUGAGAAGUGUUACCCAAACUUAGUAGCGUCUUUUAUGUCCUUCACGGUGGGAUUUUCUUCUAUCGCGUUUAACAUUUUCUGUGUAACAUUGACAAAAUGCGAGGGAGCCAUUUGAAAUUUAGCGCUCCUGCCAUAAUCACGUCGCGCGAGUUGAUUAUAGCGAGAUAUGACGCAAUCCUCGACCAAUCAGAGCACGCGCUUCUCUAUAAUCACCUGAGCAAUUAAACUAAAUAACACUGAUAUGGAUUCAGCAUACACCGAACUCACUAGCAAGUGUUUCACAGCUCGGCCGGUAGAGCAUCCUGGGAGCAACUCCAGAAUACCCGGCCACUCAUUUACAUGUCAUUGAAUAAGAAUAGCAUCUAUUGUGUUAUGCCUCGAUCUUCAAAUCCACCCGACACAUGUAAGUGAGGCGAACUAAAGUGCCCGGGUAUUCUGAAGUUUAGCCGCAUCCUGCCACAAAGUUAGCACUGAAUAAACUUCCAAGUCUCGUUUACCCACUCUGUGAACAAAUUAUAGACAUACGUAGUUCCCCAAAUAGUUUCGUAUCGGAUGAAGAAAAAUUGAAAAUUUAGAGCUCGGUUCUCGAACGAUCUUCCAUGCUUGACGUCUGCUGUGAUUUUUCAAGUUUAUCCUCUUGUAUGGCUCUGGAACAUAUGGUGUACACUGGUGUCUCUAGCUGUAUUGUCUAAUUUUAGGUAUUCCUUCUUUUUUGGGGAAAUAUUUCAGAGGAAUAAUAUGGAAGAGAGAACAAAGAAAACACUGGAGGAGUGUAAGAAGUUGGAGUUGAAGCUUACCGAAGUUGAGCAGGAAAAGAAGAAUUUGGACAAAAAAUACACACAGGUUAGAGCUUCCAGACAUGAUGUUUAAAGCUACAGCAACGAUAACAACAACUGUUGGACUAAUUUGAAUUGAGUACUGAAAAUGAUUUGCGUUGGUUUAGCUUUACCUUGUUCUGUGAUUGGUCCUAAAAACUCCACCAUCUUUUCAACCAAUCAAUCAGUAAUAAUAAAUAAAUAAUAAAUGGGAUUUAGCAAGAGGUGGCUCUCCUUUUCCACGAAGUCCAGGUCGAAUUGGAAUUUAGAGUGUUAGUUUUUCUGGAGGGAGGAAAACCAGAGGGUUCAGAGAAAACCCUUGGAGCAAGGACGAGAACCAACAACAAACUCAGCCCACAUGUGACACCAGGUCCGGGAAUCGAACCCAGGCCACAGUGGUGGGAGGUGCGCACUCUCACCACUGCGCGAUAUAUGUUCCCACAAAUCAAUCAAAUGCGAGAAUCUUACCAAAAGCUUUUUUUGGCGUGUUUGAUCCAAUUACUCUAACUUUGUAUGUUUUUUUCCCAACGAAUCCUAUUGUUUUUGUUUUGUUUUCUUUUGUAUUGUUUGCUUCACAGGUUGCAAGUAAGGUUGGCAAGCUUGUUAAAGAUCUUAAAGACGAGCAAGAGGUAUGUGGAGCUUCACUAAAAUGGCCGGUUUAUAACGUAUAAUGAAGUUUCAAUUAGAUGUCGAAAAUAAUCGAAGGCUGUUUGAUUUUUCUUUUAUUCUCUACGUGAUUGGUUGAAUUGUUCAUCUCGCACCAUACUUUCAACCAAUCAUAUUCAAAAUUAAAACCAACCGUUACUCCUUCUGUGGUGUUUUCCUGCGCUCCAGGAUUUUUAUUACCUGAAGUUAUAUUGAGUUGUCAUUGACUCAUUGUUUUAUUUACCUUUGCUUUGAUUGGCUGUUGCAAUCAAAUAGCUUUUCGUUUUGCGACACCUAAUCAUAAGGACUAGGGUGCGUUGUUACUUCCUUUAACCCCUUUACUCCCAGGAGUGACCAAGACAGAAUUUCUCCUUAUAAUAUCGAUAUAAAAUCAAGAUGUCGAGUGAUGAGAUCAAAGAAGAGUAUCAAUUAGGGGAUUAUUAGCUGAUCCAAUACCAAAUUCUCAGAGUUAACAUCAGAAGAAUUGUAUAUUAGACAGUAAGGAGAAUUACUAAUUAGAUCUUGGGAGUUAAAGGAUUAAAAAGUGACUAGAAAAGUAUAAAGGGUGUGUGAACUGGUUCCAAUUUUGUCAUUUUUGUUUUCAGUUAAACAAAUGUUUGCUAGAUAAUCAAAAGUUAUGGCAAGAAAAGGUGAAGGAAACGGAAGACAAACUGAAAGAUGUGGAGGCAACCAGACAACAGGUAUUAUAUCACACAAUCCUCCGGAUAUUUCUACCUUUGGCUAUCAACUUAAAUUGACCCUUUGAGAUUUGAUCUUUUCCUUUUCGCAGGAAGUGAGAGAUCUUCAAGAACAAUUAGCGGAUCUUAUGCGUCAUUUGGAAAUGCAACAAGCAAUAUCAAACACACCGGUUGAAACGCGACAGGUAAUUUUUAUUUCAUCAGCACUUGCGAUGUUGACCAGAUGCAUGCAACUUAGUUAUGUUCCCUCCUUUAUCCCACGCCUGAAAGAUUUCUUCGCAUCAGAAAGAUCAAUCGAGUCAAUUAAAAGUCACACUAAGAUCGAUCAUUAGCUUUUUUGCGAAGACUUCACUACACUCGAAGACAAAAUUAAUGAUACUUUUAUGGCAGCGCUUCCCUCAUCUAAGUCGUGUAUAAACAGUGCGAUGUGGUCUUCACGGGCCUCUAGGGAAAAAAAUAGCUUUAUUCUUCUCUGUUAUCGUCUUAAACCUUUCCACUCCCGAGACCUCAAGUCUCCUUACUGUCUGUCAUACAUUUCUUAUAAUCUUAGUUAUAAGAAUUUGGUUGUACAACGAAAGCUGGAACAAUUUAUUUCUACUACUGUAAACAACUAAAAGAAUUUACAAGAUUAUAAUUAUAAAUAAAUAAAUAAACAGUACAUCAAGUUGUUACUCCUUAGCUGACAUUGUUCUUUUUUCCUCAUCACUUGUCUGCUUGAUAUUAUAUUAAUAUUUUAAUACGAAGUUUUAUCUAGGUCACUUGUUGAAGUUAAAGCUUCUAAGUUUCCUCUUUCCUUAUUCUACAGGAGUUGCAAGAUGGUCAACUUUUCCUGGGAGAGGGAUCGUCUCCGGCGCACCAAUCAAAGGGAAAAUCGAGACGGAAAAAAUAAGUCACACAACCAGACACUUUAAGCUGGCAAUUAUCGAUUCCUGUAACUACCUACGAAGUUAUGCAACAUCAGGGGAACGUCAAGAAACGGAGAGCCAAGGCUUGGACUCAAUUUACGAUUCGAUUAUCGGGGGAGAAACAGUAACGUGGGUAGGGCGCUUAUGUAACGUUAGUAGGGCACUUGCGUAAUGUUAGUAGGGUACUUGGUUAACGUUGGGGCACUUAGGUAACUUUGUGGCACUAAGGUAACGUACAGGCACUUAGAUUGCAUGUCAAACCCAAGCACCUUCUGCUUAGCAAGUUUAAUGAAAAUCUUUCUCCCAAUGGAGUUAAAUAUUUAAAAAUUUAACAUCACUGCAACAGUUUGAAUGCAUCACUAUUUAUAAACAAUAUUAAUAAUAUCUAAUCUAAAAUACUUCAACAGCUCUUUUACAUUGUUUUUUUUCCAUCGACAUUUCAUUUAAAAUAGUUAAAUAUAAAUCUUAUCUGUGAGAUUGACAAUCAUAUUGAUGAGGGCCGGAAAGGGAGCGGAAGAUGGCAACUACCAAAAGCAAUUCCUCCACAGCAAAAACAGAUCGAGGGCUGCAACAAAAAGCUUUUUUUUUGGAAGUGAUUUUAAUAUUUUCCAGCACGUUACACCUUACAGUUUAUAAGUUGCGUGAAGCUGUUCCAGAAUUAUUAUGUGCCUUCUUGCCAACAACCCCAUUUCCCAUCCCAC